AUGGAAGACUCUGAUUCUGAAGAGGAGGAUGAGACUUUCACUGCAGAUGCUGAAAGUGACCAAAUAGCCGACUGGCUAAAUGACCAACUGUCAGACUGUGGCAGUGAGAUAGACUAUAGCCCUGGUGUGGAAGAUUUGGAUUAUACACAGCUAGAUUGUAUUGAAGAUAAUUUAAAUGAUGAUCAAAUGUUGCUGGUUAGGGAAAUGAGGAUGGGUUCAAGUGAUGAAGCUGCAGAGGGUGCUGAGGAGAAAGAAGGAGAAGAUGAUGAAGAGUCCUCCGUAGAUGAUGAAGAAGAGGAUGAUGAUGAUGAUGUGGAGUAUCCAGGAAUGGAUGUAAAAGAGGAG